AUAAUUUAAGUCCCCUUCAAGGUCACACUUGGGGGCUGUGCUAGCCAAUAUUGUUUUGACUGUUCGCUUGUUGGAAACUGAACUUCAGAACCAUGUUCUGGGAAUCUGCUGCUGCAUAUUCGCAGAUCAAUGAUAUUUUAUCACGACCGAAUCUCACAAUCAAAGAACUUCUGGAUGAUGAUGAUGUUUUACAAAAAUGUCGUGAAAAAGAUCCACGUUUGAUUAAUUUUUUAUCAAGGCCAGAUAAUUUGGAUUAUCUAAUAGAUUUAGUUAGUCGAACACCUAAAUCUUCUGAUUUUAAUCGAGAUUUGUAUAGAUAUUCUAGUUUAGCCUGUGAAAUUCUAACAAAUGAUAUCAGUGAAAUACUAGAUGGGAUAAUUGAAUUAACCGAAUCAACAAUUGAUCAACAUACUCCUAAUGAGUCACAUAAUAAUGGUAGUAAUAACAACAAUAAUCAUAAUAAUCACAUGUUAGAAUCCAAUCAGAUAAAAUCUAUAUUAAUACCAUCCUCCUUCUCUUCACCUUUACCAUCAUCUUCACUGAUUAUCAAUGAUCAUAGUUUGACAGAGAUCAAUAAUAAUAAUGAUCAAAGUUGUAAUGAUAUGUUAAUAGUUGGUAAUAAUUCAUCGGAACUAUACCAAAUAAAUCAUAAUCUUACUGAUCAUUAUUCGAAUGUCCAUGAUCAUGAUGGUACCAAUCAUUUAUCAUCUUCAAUGUCUAUUAUUAAUGAAUCAUCUAUUAUCAAUGGUCAUAAUAGUAGUCAAUUAUUUGACAAUAAUAAUCAUAAUAAUUCAGUAAAUGAUUUAAAUGAAAUCUUCUCAUCUAGUUUAAAACUUUCUCCACAAAUAUUAUUAUCAACACCUCAUUCAUCUCCAAUCACAAAAAUCACUAAAUCAAAUGAUGCUAUUCAAGUUGAUUCAUCAACGACUAAACGUCGACGUUUAGAUUUAUUAUUGAAUUUUUUUCAUUAUUCUAAUCAACCAGUUAAUCCAUUAUCAGCUAGUUUUGUUUCACGUUUAUUAAUACAUUUAACAUUACAUCGUGGAAAUAUUAUUAUACCUUAUUUACGAUCAUCGAAGGAAUUUCUUGAUCAGUUAUUCUUAUCUUUGGAUUCUUCCUCUGUGGCCGAUUUAAUUAUACAAUUAUCUCAACAAGAAACAAAACAACAACAUAUGAUUUUUGAAUGGUUUAAAACCGAUCGACUUGUUGAACGUCUUAUUGAAAAAUUUGAUCCAAUCUAUUCGUCUGACGCACAUGAAUCGGCAGCUCAUUGUCUAAUCGAACUCGUCACUGUUCUACGCAAUUAUUUAGUGAAUAAUCCUCCAAAUUUAGAUAAUAGUGAUAUGUUAGUGAAUUCAAUGACAGCUGUAACCACCACUACUAAUAAUAUUGGCGGUAGUAGUAUAUUUGGAUCACCGUUAAAUAGUACAUAUUCCAGUUUAUUUGAUAAAGAUGAAGAAACAUAUAAAGCAGCUGAAAAUUUACUAAACGUAUUAGAAAGUGAAGAAACUAUGUCAAUGUUAUUAAAUCGUAUUAUAGCUAAUGAAUACGUCGUACCAUCUAUUUUAGUCAGUUGUGUAAAUGUAUGUAUUGCUUUAAUCGGUAAAAAGAAGCCUGAGUCAAGUUUUCCUGUUGGAGAAGAUGGAUAUGGUUUAGAUUUUGAUGCAUUAAUUAAAUGUUCCGGUGAUCUUAGCAGUAAUUUGAAAUUUAUAUUACGUAACAAUACUAAUCUGGGCAAUAAUCUCUCUUCUACUGUUGAUAAUCAUCAUAUUAGUGAUCUUGUUGAAAAGUCCAAUCAAUUCAUUACUUCAUCAAAAGAUGAUAAUACUAAUACUACUAAUAAUAGUAAUACCGUUAUUGAUAAAUUACAUAUAAUGAAAGCUUCAGAAAAUCUAAUCAAAACAUCUUUACCACGUUUAAAUGAAUUGCAUGAUUUGUUGAAACGAUUUCAUCCACAAUUUUAUAAUUGUAUGCCAACAACUCAUUGUACAUUAAAUCCACCACUUGGACGUGGUCGUCUAGCUAUUCUACAAUUAAUUGCUUCACUUAUAUCUUUACCUAUUAGUACUAAUUUAUCUAAAGCAAUUGUAGAUAUUGGAUUUGUAAAAACUUCAAUGGAAUUAUUCGCCUUAUAUCCAUACAAUACAUUUUUACAUCAUUAUGUUACUGAUAUUAUAAAAUCAGUGUUUAAACAUUCUGGACUUGUCAACACUAAUAAUGGUAAUAAUAAUUCCACUAAUAUAUCUAAUGAUAAUAAAACAAAUCAUCUCAUCAAUACAACUACUAGUACUAUUACUGUUGAACUAUCUUCUAAUCAUGACAAUAAUCAAAUCACCGAAUCUUUAUUCCCUUCAAUAUCAUCAUCAUCAGCUGAUUCAUCGACGAAUACUGCUACAACUGAUUCUGAUAAUGUAGUCAGUUCAACAAAUUCAUCUAAUACUAACAAAUUUAAUCCAUAUGAUAAUAUUGGUGGUAUUAAUUUAAUUCAUCAAAAUGAUAAUGAAUAUAGUAAAAAUAUAUUAAUUAGUUUAAUAAAAGAUCAUCAACUUAUUGAUUGGUGUUUAACAUUAUCCCCUUUACCAUCAUUAAAUGAACGUCCGAAUGAUGGGGAUUCACCGAGCUGCUUAGUUCGAUUAUCGAAACACCCUGUAAAAUCAGGUUAUUCAGGACAUAUCUGGCAAAUUGGUAACCUAAUUGUAGCAGCAAUGAAUGGUCCGUAUGGAGAGUUUUUAAAAUCUCUCAUUCAAGAUUUACAUCCGAACACUCAAAAACUAUGGUCAGAUUUUGUCAAAGAUCUCGAUGGGAUCAACUCUGUGGAAGUUGCUGAGAUAUCUCAAUCUGCCAUUGAAAGUCUUAAUCAUUCUGAUGUCCCAUUUGUUCUGGCACCUGUUACAUCAUCAAAUUUAAUGCAAAACAAAUUAUUAGAUCUAAAUGGAAAAUCAUCAUCUUAUUUCUUAGAUGAUAUUGACAAUGAUAAACAUGAUGAAUAUGGCAAAAAUAAUCAUGAAUAUCUUGCUUAUCAUCCAGUGAUACCAGCAUCUACAAUAGUUAAUCUGCAUCGACAAACUAUUUUACAGAAUUUUAUGGAUUCAUGGUUAGAUCCAGAUGAAGAAUCUGAACAUAAUGAUAAUAAUAAUAGUAUUUAUGAUGAUAAUAAUAAUAAAUCUGAAGAAAAAGAUCAAGUUAAAACACCUGAUAUCCAUAUUGGAGUUCCUGGACCUUUAGGAGAAAUGUAUUUUCAUAACAAUAGUGAUAGCGAUGAUGAUUUUUUCAAUGGUCGUGCUAAUGAAGAUGAUGAAAAGGAUGAGAAUGACGAGUUGGAAAAAGGCAUAGACAAUAUUCACAGUAGAGGUUAUUUUAACAUUGAAGAGGACGACGAUGACGAUGAUGAAGAAGAUCUUAAGUCACCAAUCCAAAUUAAACAACAACAUUCCAGUAAACAAUCAAUCAUUAACACUAGUAGUUCAACAUCUUUGCUGCAUAAUGAUUCAAAUAAAUUAACUGAAGUAUCUUAUGUAACAAAUCAUAAUAAUGAAUCUUCUAUGAAGAUAAACAGUAAUAGCAAGCUAUCUACAACAAUAACUACCCCUAUUACUGCCAUUACCCACACUACUACUAUUAAUAGUAGUAUAUCAGAAAAUAUCGAAAUUAAAUUAUUGAAUAAUGAUGAAGAAACUGAACAAAUCAAGCACAAUACUUCAUCGGAAUCCAUUGUAACACUAUUAAAUGCAAAUUUUUUUAAAAAACAAUUCAAAUUAUGUACAAUUAUCUAAAUUUAUCUUUAUUCAUUCUAUUUGUUUUUUAUUCUCGCUUUCAGUCUCUGUCUCGCUCACUCGCUCGUUUUCAUCCACUGUCUCUCCCUCCCGCUUUUAAUCUCUGUGUCUAUCUCUUCUAUAUAUUUUUGACAGUUAAUGUUCCACAAUUCUCAAAAUGUGCACUUUUUUAUUUAUUUAAUAAUAUUUGAAGAGUGUUUAAAAAGAAGAAAGAAGAAAAGAUAAGAGGACACAACAUGUACACAGUUUUUUUUCUUGUUCCCAUGAAAGUAUAUACAUCUCAAAUGACUUAGUCACUAUCUUAUUUUCUUUGAGAGUCUAUUGAAAUUAUUGUUUAAACUAUCUUCGAUGAGACUAUAAUUUAUCGAUGACUUUUGAAUGACGCUAGAAUCUCCUUGAGAGUGUUCACCUACUAACUAGGAACAAAUAAGUGUGAUAAAUCAGUAUGAGGAAUUAGUAGAAUGAUGAUUUAUAGUUGAUGGUUAACGGUUAAGAAUUAGAUUGAAGGUUUUUCAUCACGAACUGACAUUAGCUAUACAAUGCCAAGACUCAAUGAAUUUCAUGCCAAAAUCUGAAACAUUUUAUUUUAUACCUGACUUGUUCCUCUAUACAUUAUAGUCUCGCUUUCUAUUCACAAUGGUUCCAUCAUUUGUAGGAUCUGAGUUGUUGUUGUUUUCUUUUCAAUAUGUUAACUGAGAAACAUCAAUGAUAUAAAUAUUGUGUGCCUUUAAUCUAAUCCAAUUAUUAUCCCAUUUAUAAUUGUGUCAUUUCUUUGUGUAUAAAUGAAACCUUCAUUAUAGAGUGAAUACUACUAACGAAAAUUGUGGAUAGUAGUAGUAUUGUAUGUUUUAUUCAAUUUAAUUUGAUUCAUUUAAAUUCAUCAUGGUGACAGUCUCAUAUUCAUGUUAACACUUUUUUUUCUCCUCUUUCAAUAGUGUGUUAAACAACAGUUUCUUUUUUAAUAUAAUGAAAACUAAUGACUUUUUUAACUGUAAACAGACAAAUCAGCAACUACAACAACAAUAAAAUAACUUACCAAGCAUUGAACACAUAUAGUUUCAUUCUUAUUUUAGAUCUUCCAAAACAGUAUGGGUCCUAAUCUUGAAAGAUUGUCUAUCAUAGUGUAUCAAUUGUGGUAAAGUUGUAUUGUUAGAUCAACAGCCAGUAUAUAUAUAUAUACAUUUAUUGCGUCCUUAAUAAUCUGAACAUCAUUGUAUGUAUGUAUAAUUUUAACUUGAAUUAUUGACGAAAACUACCUUAUAAUUUAUUCAUUUAAACAUAUAAACAACGUGUACCAAAUACAUAUGCGCCACAUAAGUCACUUUAUUUCUGUGUGAUUAUGAUACUGCCCGGGUGACAAGAUCGAAGCAGGUGUUUUUAUUAGGGGGCCACACCCGGAGCCUUCGACCUAAAGGUCUGAUCCACAUGGCAGUGGAGCAUCGUAAGGAGAUAAAGUCCCAUGGUAGCCAGUGACCGACAAUACCCCAUUUGUUUCUUCAUGAUGCUGGAACCCGUAUUCAUCAUUGGUUUGCAAUGAGGACUUUCCAACUCCUCUCGAUGGACUCCGUAUCUGCCAACCCGCUUAAAACGCGGGACAUACAAUUAUCUUUAUAUUCAUUAAGUAUUAAACAGUUCAUUGGAUUCACUAGCUCUACUGGUUAAAAUCACUGGCUUUUAAUAAGUAAAUUUUAGUAGGAAACCUUCCUAUAACUAAUUCAAUUUGAAUAAUUACAUUUACCCCACAUGAUACCGAUAUAAUUCAAAGCCUAAUACAUGAAAUAUAUAUUCAUACUAAAUGAGUUAGUAAAAGAAUUUCAUCAAUCCCAUGUACCAUACUUCAUAAAUUAACAGGAAAAACAACGGUAGAUAACAUCAAUUUUUUUCCCCUUUCCUAAGUGAUCAAUAGAAUCGAUUACUUAGAGAAAUAAUAGUGUUUUAGCAGCCCGUGGAUCUGACUCCAAGAUCGUACGAAUGAUUGUUUGUUAUUGCCUAUUCUCGUAUAUCAUCGUCGACUUAAUCGCGUUAGCCAAUAACGGAAUUAAAUAAGUCGAAUAACGAGAAUCGAUUUGUGAAUACAGAUAUUUGGCAUAUGAAGCGAAUGAAACAGAGCUAAGCAAAAUGACACGCAGGGAAGAUGGCUGGGAACCCAACUCCAUUUUAGUCAAGCAUUACUCAAUGUUUAUAGCCAGACAAAAUAAAGCUACAGAUAUGCAAUGAGUCAUGGGAUAUGAUGUGCACACACAUAUACGCUCAUAUAAAAACAGUGAAGACUGAUAAGCGAAUAAAUAACAAGGUCAAAGUAUGGCUCAAGUAGAAUGAAUGAAAUGAGAUGUCCGCAAGCUAGAAUAAGGUAUUUGGGCUUAGCAUAAUAACUGACACUACAGUGUUUGCUGCCAUUCUACUCAUUUCAUACAGUGUUUCUUCCGUGCAGCGUCUUUUUAUGUCGACAUUGAUUCAUACAAUUCAGAACUGUAAUCACAAUAAAUCUGUCAUACGUAACUAUCUCUUCUAUUGUUCUGUGCAGGAUGCGAAUAUUCACAUUCAUAUAGGUAAUCUACAUUUGACUAGUCAUAUUCAUAAUAUAAACGAAACAUUGUCUGGUGACUAAUUGCGUCAUACUUGUGUCCAUUAUAGAAUAAUAUUUAAAUGUAUAUUUUUAUAUCCAGACAUCCAAUCGUAAUCCAUAUCACUAUGUCAGUUUUACUGUUCCUUAGUCUAUUUAUGAUAGUAUUUUCAAUACUAACUUACGUCUGUUACUCCUCGUGGAGGAGCAUAAGCCGUCGCAAACUAGAACAAAUAAGUUCUGGUAUUUGCAAUCACCGAUUGUUUUUUGUGAAUAAUGUCAAGUAUAUGCAAUCAGUAUUUAACAAACCAACUGAAACUACAUAUUAGCUAUUGGAAUUAUAGAAUUGAUCAGAUUGUAUCAAAAUAUAUAAAGUUUUACUCUCCUUUAUAAUUGAACAUAUUGACUUCAACUCAGUAUGUGUAUCCCUAUCACAUCUUUUUUGCUAAAUUCAUUCAAACUACUUGCGAG